AUGUCUGUCAAAGAGACUGCGUCAAACAUUAUUAUCGAACACAAAGAUCUCACCGAUGAUGAGAAGGCUGCAUGUAUCGUGUCACUUGAGGGUGGCGAUGACAAAGCCAAUACAAUCAUCAAUCUCAACAAGUUGCCCGGGCAACUCAAGCUCCACGCCCAGAAGAUUGUUCAAGCUGCCGGUGCUGCAGGAGUCGGUGGUGGCCAAGCGCAUCCCUUAAAUACUGAUCCACUGGUGGACCUUCAAAGAUUGGCCGACAUUCCAAACUACAUUGAGAGAGCAGGUGUUCUUGACAAGAUCGAUCAGUUCAUUGAUUACAACAUCGCUGGACACAGGCUGUCUCAGAGAUCCAAGCACUCCUUCCUCUAUAUCGUCAACGGCAGUGGCAUUGGGAAGACUUGGACUGGAUUCCACGCAGGCAAUCAUUUGAUCACCUCUGCUCGAUACAACGACUACUCAAGGUAUCGAAUAUUCAUAGAUCUCUCCAAUGGAUCCAGGUAUGACAGCUACAUUGACUCUGCCAUCUCAGUUGACACAUCGUUGGCUCUCAGAGUUGCAGCAUGCUUUCUUGGCACUCAUUGGAAGACACUCUUUCUCCGACUUACCGGCUCGGGUGGCCUCAGUGGCUUCACCUUUUCUUACGUUAUGCAAUGGUUCGCACCCAAGGUGAACAUUGGACAGAGAAGGGUCUUGCUUGCCAUUCAUCUUGAUGAGAUCCAGCUACAACCAACCUUUUCACAGGCAAUCCUUCACAUCAUUGCAGAGUUCAUGUGUUCAACAAACUCGGAGUCUCUCGCCAGUUGCCUCAACAUUGUCAUCCUCCCAAUAUUGACUGGCACCUCCUCCAAAGAUCUCAAGCAAAAAGUGACAUUGUACGGGUCCAAGCACAUCGAGUUGGACCCAUUCACCUAUGAGCAAAGUGUUGCCUACAUGGACAGCAACAUUCCCAACUUUGACGCAGCCUCCAAGGGGGCUCGAUUCCAGAGGGUCCUCAUGAGCAUGGGAGGAGUUCCCCGCAUCUUGGAGAUCUUCAAGGACUGCAUCAAGACCGACAUCACCCUGGCUCAUUUGGAUCACAUCAUUGAAUCAACCAUGAUGAAUAUCGACACUGCAUACAAAAUUGGCGGCCAAUGGAGGAGCAUCUGCCACACUGAGAGGAAUCUUCGCACCAUCAUUGCCAUGUCAAUCUCCUCCUUUGAUGUACCUCUCGAUCACCAACUUCCAGACAUGGACACCUCAAAAAAUCCACCAACGCCCAUCACGAUUGAAGAUGUUACCAGCCAUGGUAUCAUCUUCCUCAAAGAGAUACCGAGUACGGACUACUUCUACAUCGUGUACCCUCUCAUUGUGCUCGAGAUGCUCAACAAGCGCUUCCAUUUCUCCUCCCUCAACCUCAUGGAGCCACUCAAUCAGCAUUGGGGAUGGAAGAAAUUCGAAGUGUUCGAGGCAGAGAUUGAUCUUCUCAAGAACAACGCUCACUUUGAUGCUGGAUGGAGACAAUGCUCAAUCAAGUCCUAUUAUACAGACUGUCCAAUUGGCGAUCGUGUCUUCAUGCUCUCACACAUGGCCUCAGUUCACAAAGAAGCCAAGCACUUCCUCAAGAAAGAGACUGCCCAACCCAGAGGACAAGGCACAGGGCAAUCCAAGUGUAGACACAAGAGUCUUUAG